CACACAUGCUCACAAUAUGCUCUGUGCAGAUGAUGAAUAGGUUCAAUAUGGUGCAUGGAUGUUUGCUUAUUUUAGCCCUAAUUCCUUACGUCGCCGGAAGUGCCCCCUGCAUUGACCUUGACACACAGGGAUGUACCCAGAACGCUAACAUGUGUAACGAUCCGCAACUCGCCACUGCAGUGUGCCCAGUGACCUGUAACAGAUGCCCAACAGCCAGUACGACCCCUUUUCUUAUCACAGCAACAUCUCAUCCGAUUAACAGUGAUCCCUGUUCACCCAACCCAUGUAUGCACGGGUUAUGCUUUAGCGGGAUAAACGGCAUGUAUUUUUGCCAGUGCCGGGAAGGAUGGAAUGGAGACCUCUGUGAGAAUCUGAUUACAACGACAACUGAACAGCCGACAACCAAACUAACACAUAAUGACCCAUGUAUGCCGAAUCCUUGCUCCCAUGGUGACUGUUAUGGUGGACCUAGUGGUCAGUUUCUGUGCCAGUGUAAGCAGGGGUGGACGGGAUUAAAGUGUGACCAGGGUCUUACAACGGUGCCAUAUCAGCUGUCGACAGCAACUUCUCUAGAUCCUUGCUCGGCACAGCCCUGCAAGUUCGGCGUGUGUUACGCGCAACACAAUGGCAUGUACAUGUGUUUGUGUAUAAACGGCUGGACAGGAACAAAUUGUGAUCAAGUUGUAAGUACAACCCAAGCGCCUUCAACAGCAACAACAACCAGAGCCACAACGACGACCCAAACAAAUACAGAUCCAUGCUCACCAGACCCCUGCCUAUCCGGGACUUGUUUAUCACUUGCAACGGGUUCCUAUUACUGCAUAUGCAACCAAGGAUGGGAAGGCGAAAACUGUGACCAAGCUGUUACCACAAGAAUCACUUCCACUACUACCAAAACAGCGCCCCCAAAUGGAACAACUUCAAUAACGGCGCAAACAGGUCAGACAACCACAUCAUCACAAACGGCCCCACUGUCAACAUCAACAGUUACCACCACAGGGACUUUGAAUACUACCACUACAACAACGGUUAAGGCAACAGCAUUAAUAACAGCAAUAACAGGCCAGACACCACCACCAACAGUAACUACAACAAGAACGUCUAACAAAGCAACAACGACGACCCAAACAAAUAAAGAUCCAUGCUCGCCAGACCCCUGCCUAUCCGGGACUUGUUUAUCACUUGCAACGGGUUCCUAUUACUGCAUAUGCAACCAAGGAUGGGAAGGAGAAAACUGUGACAAAGUGAUUGCCACAACACAGGCACCCACAACAACAUCACCUCUGACAACUACAUUACAAGCAGUAAUAGAUCCAUGUUUGGCAAACCCUUGUCAAUCUGGGACCUGCCUUGCACUUGCAAAAGGCUCUUAUUAUUGUAUAUGCCAACAAGGGUGGACGGGUAUCAAUUGUGAUCAAGAUCCCUGUUGGGCAAACCCUUGCCAAUCCGGGACCUGCCUUGCCCUUGCAAAAGGCUCUUAUUAUUGUAUAUGCCAACAAGGGUGGACUGGUACGAAUUGUGAUCAAGCUGUAGCCACACGAAUCACUUCCACUACUACCAAGACAACACCAAAAACAGAAACAACUUCAAUAACGGCGCAAACAGGUCAGACAACUACAUCAUCACAAACGGCCCUACCAUCAACACCAACAGUAACCAACACAGGGACUUUCAAUAAUAUAAUUACAACAACGAUUAAGGCAACCUCAUUAAUAACAACAAUAACAGGCCAGACACCACAACCAACAGUAUAUACAACAAUAACCUCUAACUCUACAGAUAUAUCAGCAGUUCAGACACCACCAUCAUCAACACCAACAGUAACCACAACAAUACAUUCUAAUACUACCAAUACAACAUCGGGAAGGACAACAUUGUCUAUAGCACCAACAACAGCCCAGGCAACAAAAUUAUCAUCUUCAACAAUACCAACACCUACAUCAACAAAGGCAACAACAACAAUCCCCCUGACGACCACCACCACAAAAGACGCCUGCUCAAACAAUCCAUGUAUUGAAGGGAUCUGCCAUCUGUUCAGCUGGAAUUAUUAUUGUGAAUGUUACCAUGGCUGGAGUGGCGUCCAUUGUGAAAUUGAUAAAGAAUGCAGCCGUAACGGGCACUUCAAAGAACCAGAACAAAAGUGUGAUUGUUUGCCGGAAUGGACCGGUCCUAGCUGCGACAUGCAAGUACCGGACUGUAGUCACCAUGGACACUACAACCACGAACAUAGCAGGUGUGACUGUGACCACGAAUGGACCGGAACAAAUUGUGAACUUAACUUACGUGAGUGCAGCCACAAUGGUCAUUAUAUUGAACCAGACCACAGGUGUGAAUGUCAUUAUGGCUGGACGGGCGCGGCGUGCGAGAACCAGGCUCUAUCGCCAAGUUCUCAAUGCAACAACAAAGGUCACUUCGAUGCUUAUCAGCAAAUAUGCAUCUGCUACACUGACUGGUAUGGAAUGUUCUGCGAAUCGGGAUUACACGAAUGCAGUCACCAUGGACACUACAUUGAACACGAGCACAGAUGUGCGUGUGCUCCCGGGUGGGCUGGGACGGCGUGUGAUGUCGCGGGCAUUCAUUGUGAGCAUGGACAUUACAAUGACCAUGAAAACAGGUGUGAUUGUGACCAUGACUGGACUGGAGAAGCAUGCAAUGUGAACCUGCGCGAGUGUAAUCACCAUGGUCACUAUAUUGAUCCCGAACACAGAUGUCAUUGUGAGCCUGACUGGGCGGGACUUGCCUGUGAAAUCAACGUACGUGAGUGCCACAACCAUGGCUACGUUAAUGCCGUCACGCACACUUGUCAAUGUUACCCUGGCUGGAGCGGAACGAACUGCAACGUUUAAGCUAGACUAUAAACUUCGACAUCAAAGCAACGGCACCGCUGUGGACGUGUUUAUUUCAAUUUGGGUUUCGUUUUGAAUAAAUUUAUUUAAUAAACAUA